UUAGCAAAUCCGAACGCAGCCUUAAAAAUUGGCAACGCGCGUGCGUGUGCCGAAUUUGAAACAUAAAAAUAAGUCAAUCAAAAUUUUAGUAGUUUUUUGGUUAUUCAUAGUUUUUAAUAUAUAAUUUAAAUACCAAAAAAAUAUCAAGACAUAGAAAUGUGAAAUUAUUAGUGUUGAUUGUUCAAACUUCGUUAGUAAAUAACAUCGGCGAAGAGAAACGGGCCUAAGUCAGCCAUGGAUCCGGAAGAUGAGGGUGAGCCUAGCUUUAACAAAGUGCCUCCGGGCGACAUACCCAAAGUACACUCCGUAACUAACCACCGUCCACACACCAGUCCACAUGUAUCAGAGACCUCGAAUCCGUCUACAUCAGGCCUUAUGACAGACAAACCGAACGAAGACAUAAUGCGAAAAUGUGACGAUGAAGCCACAACCAAAGAAAAUGAAGGUUCUGUGUCGGAUUGGAUAUCGGGAGGGCCUCUGGGCUCUAAAGGCGCCGUUCUGGUAUUCAGAUCGUGCGUCCUUGCAUCUAGAACUCCUUCCGUGGAAUCGGAGACCAAAACGAAAGGGAACAACACAGGGACUACAAUACUACUGAAUAAAGCUAAGAAUAUGGCGCGAAGAUUGGUGGCGGAACCGCACACGUUUUCCAUGAGAUCUAAGAAUAUAAUGCACGAUGUUAUGGAGACGUUUGGGACUAGUAAUUCUAAGUAUAACGGCAGUGCUUACGUGGUGCGGCACGUGAGUGACUCGAACCUUGCCGAGACGGUGUGUAUGGACGAGCAGGGCCACGAGGCGCAGGACCCGAUGUCGCACAAGAGGGACAUCGAGGACGUGCUCAAUGACUUGAGUAAGAUCACGCUGAAGAAACAUCUGAACAUAGAGAACACGACUGCUAACAUCAAGCCUCCUGAAGAACCGCCGCCUCAUGGUGCUUCUAAAGAUGGAAAAGAAGAGAAGAAAAGCAAGAAGAAUAAGGGUAAGCACAAGCGUAAGGUCCCGGUGUCACAGCGAGCGAACUCACCUUCCGUCGACAGCGACGACUCGGAACAUUUGCUGGUUAAGGAGGUGGAGAGCGUCAAGGUCCUAGAAAGCAGUCAUAUGCCAGCUCGUCUUCUGAAGAUCACAUACAAACUGAUUAAUACGGAGACCAAACUCCUGCACCGGUUACUCCAAGCCCAUGGUCUUCAGGAGGCGGUGUCGGAAACCAAGGACUUCAACCUACUCUGGUCAGGUCUCCACCCGAAGCCUGAUGUCCUAAGAUCCUUGUCUCCGUACCAACGAGUGAACCAUUUCCCCAGAUCCUACGAGCUGACCCGUAAAGACAAGCUAUUUAAAAAUGUAGAAAAAAUGCAGUACUUCCGAGGGUUGAAGCAGUUUGACUUCAUCCCGACCACAUUCCUGAUGCCGGCCGAGUAUAAAGAGUUGUGCUCCACCCAUUACCGGACCAAGGGACCCUGGAUUGUGAAGCCGGCCGCCUCGAGCAGGGGACGGGGGAUUUAUAUUGUUAAUUCUCCGGAACAAAUACCAAAAGGCGAGAACGUGGUAGUAGCGAAAUACAUAGACAAGCCUCUUUUGAUCGGAGGUCAUAAAUGCGACCUCCGCCUGUACGUGUGCGUGACCUCCAUAGACCCUCUCCUCAUCUACUUGUAUGAGGAGGGCCUUGUGAGGUUCGCCACGGUGAAGUAUGACAAGACCAACAAGAACCUCUGGAACCCGUGCAUGCAUCUCUGCAACUACAGCAUCAAUAAGUACCAUACGGAUUAUAUCAAAUGUGACGACCCCAACGCCGGCAAUAUAGGUCACAAGUGGACGCUAUCAGCCUUACUCCGCCACCUUCGAAAGCAGGGGCGCAACACCACGGCACUGAUGGCCGCCAUUGAGGACCUGGUGGUCAAGUCCAUACUGUCCUCCGCACAAACCAUCACCGCGGCCGCCAGGGUGUUCGUUCCCAACUUCUUUAAUUGUUUUGAGUUGUUCGGGUAUGAUAUUCUGAUCGACGACAUGCUGAAGCCGUGGCUGCUGGAAAUCAAUCUAUCUCCCAGCCUGGCGUGUGAGAGUCCCCUGGACGCGCGCGUGAAGUCAGCUCUCCUGGCAGACACGCUGACACUGGUCGGGCUGCCCGCCGUGCCCAUGACCAAGGCUGACAUAUCCACGCAGAGCAACUCCUUGAAGAUGAGGAUCGGGGCGUGUCGACGCGUACAUUCAGCGGAGAACGUAUUCGUCCGCGGCAAACGUGGGUCUUCAGACGCGCACGGCAGUGGUAGCAGUGGUGGCACCAACACCACCACCACGGCCAGUAGCUCGGGCUCCGGGGGCGCAGGCCUGGCCUCGCUCACCGGGGAGGAGCUCCGCCUCGUGCGCGCUGUCCGGGCGCAAUAUGCGCGCCGCGGGGGAUUCGUCAGGAUAUUCCCCUCGCAAAAUUCUUGGCAGAAGUAUUCGCAGUAUUUGGACCCAGUGACGGGCAUCCCGGUGUGCUCGACGUCUCUGAACAACAACAUCCCGUACCAGGUGGUGCAGCACAACUACAACCUGCUGGUGCACUCGCACGUGCUGCCCCACUUCCAGCACGCCACCGUCGCCACCAGCCUCACCGACACGCCGCAGAGACUAAAGCGUUACGAAGCAGUGAGCAUCACCUGCCAGGCGCCGGCCGUCUGGUUGGGAGAGACUACGCCGCAACAUCACGACACGAGGAGAGCCAAGGAACUCGUCAAACGACAACUCAUGGAUGGGAUGAAGCUCACGAUGGGCGAAGCUCGUCGCGCCUUCGGUCUAUUCCUAACGCACGUCUUGAAGCGGGUAUCGUCCCCCAGCAACGAGCUGGGCGUGGCGCACGCGUCGCUAGUGCUGCGGUUCCUGCGCAAGGCCUCCGCGUCACUCCGCAUGCCUUACAAUGGUCCUCCGGCGAAGAUGUGCGACAAGGACCGCUGCGCCGUGAUCGCGAAGCAGCUGAACGACUUCCUGUACAUGUACUACCGCGAGACCGACCUGUACACCGACAGCGAGGACAAGGAGGGCUGCGUCUCCAACAUACACUUCGCGCAGUUCCUCUACUCCGCUAGCGAGGCCGACCUAGAAGACGUGCUACUCCUGCAACUGAAGAUGGAGAACUACCAGACGACGUUCCUGGGCGACCAGCGCAACAUGUUCUGCGUGGACCUGCCGCCCGCCAAGCUGUGCUCGGAGCCCGUCGCAAGGCACACGCUGCUCAAACAUCUCGCCUGUCUCUCGCCCAACAAUACUAGGAAGUAUAGAUCUGAAUGGAUGACGUGGAUCAACACAGCGGCUAAAUUGGGGCAGACAGACUCCCAAAGCCGGUCGGAGACAGACACGGACAGUGAGCAGACACGCCCCCCUCCCUUCACCAACUCGGACGUGGUCCUCAAGGAGUCACUCAAGGAGGAGAAACCUUUCCCUCAAGCCCUCAAGUAUGCACGCUCGUAACUCUGUAAGAUCCAACACCUAUUUUUCCUUGACUAUGAAAUGUGUUGAAAAAAAUUGUGUUUAAAGAGAAAUGGUAUUUAUUUGUUUGGGAAAUAGGAUACAAAAUUGCAUUUAUAAUUGUUAAUAGUAGAAAAAAAAAAUAGAAGAAACAUAGAACUAAUCUCAGAGGUGACAACACCUUUUGGAUUCCAAAAAAAAAGGAAAAUUGGAAACCCUUCCAAGUUUAAAUGCGACAUUUUUACCGGAAUAGGUUCUCAGUCGAGACAUAAACUGUGUUUGUAAAUUACGAAUAACUGAAUUUCUUAAUAAUAUAUUAGUGACAUCGUCGCUUACCACCCGGCAUGAUAGUCAUUGAACACAGAAAAGUGUAUUUUAUGGUGGUAGAAAUAAGAACCAAUUUCGUAUAAACACUUUUCAAGUGAUAAAGUAAUGAAUAUAAGACCAAAACAUUAAGUUUUUCAACACAUUUCCCAAACAAAAUGUUUCCAGCUACUUACGUGUAAUGUUUCCUUAGCCUCAGCUUCCUCUAUCCUCACCUAUUUUACCAAGUUACACCUAAGAUACCGUGUCCCAAUUAUUUAUGUACAAACUAAUACCAAAUCUAGAUUAUAUAAUAUAAAACUAUUGUACAAGGACGUAGUUAGGGAGUCAAUAAGCCUACUUACUAUGUUUCACGCGAAAGCUGUGCUUCGGCACUGCUGGGUCGGCUCGACCAGAGUGAUAUCACGGCCUCACAGAUAACCGACGUGAAACAACGCUUGCGUUUUGUGAGUAAGGUUGCUAAUCCCCUUUCUCCCAACCCCAAAAGGCUUGCAAUGUUAUUGUAACUUCGUUGGUGUUGUGGGUGCCCAUUGGCCGCGAUUACUUACCAUUUAGGUGAAUAGUCUGCUCGAUCCAUCAAAAAUGACUACGUCAAUGUAUAGUCGUUAAGUUUACAAUCAGAUAUUAUUGCUUAAAAGAUAAUUAAUAUCAAUAUUAGAAUAUCAAUAAAAAUAAUGAAAUAUAGACCUUACAGUAUUUACAAUAAGAUCUGAUUGUAGACUCAUUCUAGUGUUCUCAUCGAUAAGUCAAAUAAAAAUCGAUUUUAUGACAAUGUAAUAUUAGGACGGUUAGAUUCUACUCUAGUUACUAGCCUCCAUACCAUACAGGGAUGAUGACUAAAAAUGGUUGCUCGAAUAGUUUUAAUUAUAAAUGUGGAAUGAGCUGUCAUAGGCGGUAUUCCAGAACCGAUACGACCUUCAAAACUUCAAUAAAAGAGCGUACUCCUUUUUAAAAGGCCGGCAACGCACCUAUGAUUCCUUUGGUGUUGCGGGUGUCCAUGGGCAGCGCUUUUCGCUUACCAUCAGGUGACCCGUUUGCUCGUUGGCCACCUACUCCAUAAAAAAGAAAAAUAUGCCACCGCAAAUGAUUUUCUAAGUUCUAUAUCUGGUUUAAAACACUCGCUUCUCAUGCUUGAGGGCGUGGGUUCGAAAUCUGAGUUUCGGAGUUGGUCAUCAUCCCUAUGCAAUAAGAAUCUAACCGUACAUAAGUAAAAAACAAAACACGAAUCUUUUACAAACAAAAACAAAAUAGUGAAUCAGUAGUGUGAUACGCGAACCAUUACGACUGCCUUCCAAAUAGUACAAUCAUGCACGAUUUGCCUUCUAAUGUUAGCAAUAAUUAAUUAAAAUAUAAAUUAAUGUGUGUACCCAGUACCUGGCACUAGAUAUAUAAUGAUCUGAAGGUGCUAUGUUAACGAAAUUCUGUUGUAGAGUAGUAGCGGUUGUAGCAAGGCAACUGGCGUUACUAUGGCAACGUAAUAACAGUUUUAUAGUGCUCUAUUCUCUACGAAUUAGAUAAGAAACAUAGUUACCAACCUUUAAGUAAAGAGUAUCAUAGGCUUGCUACACACUUCUCUAGUGCUUCGGGUGUCUAUGGGCGGCGCUGAUGAUGAUCUGUUACUACUUAUGGUUGUGCAACCGCUAGUUUGGCCUGUCCCAACUAUUUAUUUUACAAGACUGACUGAAAUACAAGAUCAUAUAGCUUAGCAUUACCUAAAUAUAAAAUCUAGAAAAUCCAGGACUGGCUUUCUAAAUAAAAAUGUGCAUAUUUAAGCUCUGCUGUCAAAAAAUAAAAAUUGGAUUAUAUUCGAAUUCAAUUAAAAUAAUUUGCAUAAUAUGCACAUUUAUAAAUAUCCACAUUUAUAACUCUGCCCUUUUGUAAUAUUAUUACAAAAGGGCAGAGUUAUGUGUUUAAACAGUUUAGAAAUUGACCAGUCAAUGGGGAUUCUUCUAGGUUAAAAGAAAUAUCUUUUGGGAGUGUUUAAAUCAUUAUCACUCCGUUUUGAUGCUAUGCUUUCUAAAAUUAUUUAGACAUAACUGACAUACGGUGCAGGAAAACAUCGUGAGGGAACACGAACUUACCUAAUUGAUAUUGAAAUCGCCAAUGCGCCUUGAGCAAGCAUAGUGAUGAAUGCUCAUUCAAUUUCUAUCUCCGUGUGAGAAGAAGCCUUUCCCCAGCAUUAAGACUCUUAUAGUCACCGGCUUAUAAUGAUGGCAUUGCGCAAUAGGGUUGCCCUGAAAAGUGGAUGAUAUAUUUUGUAUGUAGCUACACCUCUACCUACCUCUUCGAGUAAUAAAAGGCGUGAUGAUACGAACAGUUGCCACAGGUAAUAGUUAGUUGCGUUGUUACAAUCUACCAGUCGAGUUUGUUAGACUGACGUAGCGGUAUGUGAACGUACUUACAAAUUACAAUACGUCUCUCUAAUGUUGUGAUUUCCAUUCCUAUUGUUACAAUUUAGCUUGCUUUGUGAUACAGUCGAAAUAAAUAGACUUAAGUGUCAAAGUUAGAGGUCCUAGCGAGUUUUGAGGACCAUUUGGCCAGUUGUAACAAAUACAAAGGUAAUCGAACGUGGGAGCGACCUUGGCCUGCAAUAGGUCCACUUAUCAUAUCUCCGAAAACUGAAGUCUGAACCUCCCUAAAAGUAAGCUAUGCAGUGCCAAUGCUCUAUUUAUUUCGACUGUAGUAGUUUUGAAUUAAAUAAGAUGUCAUUUAAGCAUAAGGAACGAUACAAUGAAACAAGUAUGGUCAGAUAAACUAUCGGUAUUGUAAAGAAAUGGCUACGUCUGUGAAAUGAUACGUUCGAGACGUUAUUUUAACGGUUUGGGGAUCUCGUCUCAUAUAUCAGUAAAUCUACUGCCUAAUAAUUAAGCGUGUAAACAUAAGCAGGCGGGUUUUUAUCCUGGUAUUGUAACUCGAUGAAUGUGCUUAUUGUAUGUGAAUGAAGAUACAAAAAAGGGAGUGAAAAGAUUGAUAACUAACAUCAUUUUGAGCAUGCUAGAUAGCCUAAGAUGAAAUGUAAUAAUUAUUAUACUUUUUUAUAUAUUCCAUUGUUCCGCGAGUGUAUGUAUGCCGCGCCUUAUGUAGUAUUGUACUUACUUGUUGUGAUUUGACAACCUAUGCUAGUCGACAUGGUCACACAAUGCGCAAACGCCAAAGUCUUGAAUUACUUAUUUAUUUUUAUUUAGAUGCAUUUAAAUCUUUCAUAUACAUUAUACACGUUUAAGUUCAUGAAGUGAUCAUUCAAUAGUUGUAGCUAUUUUAAAACUUCACAUAAAUAUUGUACAAAAAUAAGUAAAUUAUCGCAAUAACUAAUUGUAUUGAAACGACUUAGGUACCGUCCACUGCGCGUGAUUGCAUUUUGUUUAAGAAUCUCAUGAAAUUUUAAUUUGUAUUGAUAUUUUUUAAAAGUAUUACUAGUUUUAAGUGAGCAGUGUUUAGUUUAGUUUUGUUUGUGAUAUUCCACUACUGCCCAGAUCUAAAUUAUUAUUUAUCUCAAAAUCUACAAUGAUAGUGGAGACUUGGCAACUGUAUGAAAUGUUGGUAGCAGUAUGGGCAGGAUGAAUGGCGAACAGUACAUGUAGUUGUAAUUUUAACGUCAAUAUAAAUAACUGACAAAGUAGUCUCGCGUGGCAGCAGGCGCCGAUGUUAGAAAUGUAGCUGCAAUUACUGUCAUUCCCAGCCUCAAAGCAACGGAUCUCUUGUAUAUUUUUAAAAUUUAUUAUACCUUAUGUAAUAUAUUCGGAAAUUAAUAUAUAAUUUUUGCAGCCGAGCUGUUUUAGAUGUCAUUUUUUAAUUUGAAAAUUCUUAACUUUUGUUUUAACAAAUAUCAAUGGAUUUUUACUGUUAUUUAUUCAAAGCUUAUUUUGUACGAGUAGUGCCAUAUCCCGAAGACGUUGGUCACAGUGUACCAUGUAACAUGCUGUCACUGGCGAGCGAGGCUUAGCUUGAGUACAAAGUGUGAAAUAGUGAGAUACAUCGGCAAAAUUUUAAUCUCAUAUAUUUAUAUUACGUGAAAAUAUAUUUUGAAUAUGCUAAAUAAAAGUUAAAGCAAU